AUGGAGCCGCUCAUGCAUCAUAUGGAGCGCUUCUCCGAGGUGCUGGCCGUGUCGUGUGGGCCGCUGGUUCGCUCUUGGGAUGCAACGACCGUGCGUAGGGCGCUGCAGUGGGCGCGCUAUCUGCUUCACGUGUACCGACGCUUCGCGGGCCGCGGUCGCGCGCGGGAGGCGCUAGAGAGGCGGAUCCAGUCGCGGGGCGGGCCGCCCGGCCUGCGCAGCUUCGCGGCGCUGGAGUUCGGGGACGCGCGCCUUGCCCUGCGCCUGCUGAGGAACCGCGCGCUCGCGCCCGCCGCCGCCCACGCGCUGCCGAGCCUGCUCUUCCCCGGGCCCGGCGCGGACAGCGAGGACGACGCGCCGCAGUCCCGCCUGGCGCUCCUGGCGCGCCGCGGGAGCGCGCUGCACCUGCUGCUGCGCCUCGGCGGGGACGCGCCCCGGGGCGCGCUGCUGCGCACGCACGCGGAGCUGCUGUGCGCGCGCCUGCACGAACUGGGCGGUGCUGCCCCGGCGGCCGGGCGCGAGCUCCUCGAGACGUUGUGGGCCCGGGGCCCUCGGGAGCACGUGCUGAACGUGGUGGGCGAGGCGCUGCUACACGAUGUAGACCCGCAACCCGCUCACGCCGCAGACUUUGCGGGUGCGAAAGAGACACAGGAACUGCUGCGGUGGCUUCUGGACAGCCCCGAGGUCUUGACCGCUUUCUGCCGCCAGCUGCCUGCCACGCGCCUGGCCUCCUUGGCCGACCGCCACCCCGCGCUGUCUCGCGCCUACCUGGGCCUGCUCACAGCCUGGGCCACGCAGCUGCACUAUGACCUGCAGAAGGGCUCCUGGGUCCCCACGCAGCCUGAGGACAUGCCCUGGGAGGAGUUGUGCCUCCGGCUGCAGAGCCUGUACCAGGCCCCACCACCCCUGCAGGAAGAGGUACUGGAGACUCUGCGUACCAACAAGGCGCUGGAUGGAGACUUCGAGGUUCCCGGGAUGAGCAUCUGGACGGACCUACUGCUGGCUCUGCCUGGUGGUUCUUAACUGAGUGUGGGAACAUGUGAGGUUCUUAGUCCCAGGCCGAGCAUCUGGACAGACCCAUCUCAGGGAGGGAUAGAGGAAACAGCAAACAUUCUCAGCCAAGCCUACACACUCUAGUGUCCUGCUACUACUUGACUAUAUAUACAGUUUACAAAAUGUCAGCGUUCUCACCAACGCACUGUGCUACAUGGUCCCCAAACCUAAUUAUUUAGGUGCCAAUUUUAAGUGGUUCGUAACACAAGCACAAAUUUUUUUGAGUUUUCUAGAUUCCGGAAAUAGUGUUAUUUCCCUUACGAUGGUGGAGCCAAGAUCUUGGCCAUGUUGGGCAAGUGCUUCACCACUGAGCUCCACACCUUCCCUUGGAAGAAUUCUUAAAGCCGUGGAAUUUUCAGUUUGUUUUGUAUAAGGCUAACUUGUAAGAAUACUAAAAAUAGAUACACCUUUUAAAGAAAAAAGCAGCUUUAAAUUUUCCAAGCCCACCUUUUUAUCCGAUUGACUUACUUUUCUUGUUUGCUUACUCUUUACUGGUGAAAAGUUUUGUUUAACCAGAAACAUGUGGUAGAAUCAAAAUGUUAGUUUCAAAGCUGCCUAGCUAUAAUCAAAGUCUAGAUGUGCCUUACUUAACCUGUUUACCAACCUUAAAAUGUGCAUUAAAGCUGUAUGUUCAGAAA